AUGAACUACUUUGUCAUAGUAGGUCCAAAGGAUAAAUUCAUCUACGAAACUUACCUAGGAAAUUCUAAAGAUACUGUUGGUGGAAGUGGGUUUCCACCACAUAUUAGAGAUCUCCUUCCAUUUAUUCUUCAUUCUUCAUUAGACCUUGUGUAUGCCAAUAAAUGGGGCAAGGAUUCUGAAGGGUUGGACAAUAGUAGAUGCUACCUGGGGUUGCUAGAUUUUUUCUUUGGAUUACCAAUUACUGCAUAUGUCACAUAUAGUGGGAUAAUGUUUCUUAUGUUACAUUUCAAUAAUCAAAUAUUGAGAAAAUUGGAUACUGGCAUAAUUGAUCCAACUUCGAAUAGUAAAACUGCUAAACAGCUAGCUGCAAUUGCACCUCGUGUGAAAAAUGGAUACGUUGAAGUAUUUUAUAGAGAAGUUCAUGAGUUAUAUAUAAAGACAUUAAUGAACCCGUUUUAUCAUAUGGGCGAUCCAAUUACGAGUCCACUUUUCUCACGUAAAGUUCAUAGAUUGUCAAAACGAUACCUACAUUAG